AUGCCACCCGCGGUAGCCAGCAUUCGUUUUGCUCUUCUUCACUUUCUCACCUCACAAUGGCCCAAGUUCUGCGGUGAACUCACUUCCCAAUUGGAAUCCCUGCUGACAGUGGCCAGUGGGAGUCUUACCGCCCAGGAAGGUCACUCUGCCCCCGACGACCGUCAGCUGGUCCUUAUGCUGGUUGCUGUUUCAGCCGCAGAUUCUACGCGCCCACGUCAACUCAUCAACGGUCUGGCUGCGCAGCAGACUUGUCGCAUCUGGCAUCCAAGGGUUUCGGGUCCAUGCCUCCUCCAAUGUUUGCAAGAGGAGGUGGGACAGGUGGAAGGCGAAGAGAUUGAGGGGUCGCAAGAUCUCUCCACUUCUGCGAUAGUUUUGCGGCCAUCGCUGGCGUUUUUACAUGUGCAGUCAGAGAGUGAUCGCGAGUUCGGUAAACAGGUUUGA